CACAUUACGCACAGUACUCCCCCACCUUCUUUCCUCGUGCCAAAAAAGAUCAUACACUCUAGCCUUACGGUCUCUGUCUCUCAACUUCAAUAAGUCCUUCGCUUUCUCUCCUUAUCUGCUACUUUAUCAACCCUUCUUCAAUUCUCUAAACCUCGCUCAAUUUACUAUCUUUUUCCCUCUGUUCAUUUCAACAUCUACUCUCAAUUCCGGAUCCGAAUCCUGUACUGCUUUACAUGAACUUCCUUCUUUGAAAAAUGGAUCCUCCACUUGUAAAUGAGUCUUCUUUCUCUGCAGCCAACCCAUCUUCCUACAGUUUGGCUGAGAUUUGGUCCUACCCAAUCCACGGUGCUGAAGCGGGCCUCCAAAUGGGAAAUUUGGGUCAGGGAUUUGGGGAGAGUUCGGGUCACAGAGAUGGGUCGAUGGAGGAAUCAACAGUCACUGAACAAAGUGGUGGUGGGUGUGGAAGGAAGAGAAGAGAUUUGAGCUCUGAAGAUGAGUCGUCUAAGAUUGUUUCUACUACUAGUAGUGCAAAUGACUUGAAUGAAUCCAUUGGUAAAAGAACAAAAAUAUCGGGAUCUAAAAAGGAAAAUGGUGGUUCAAAAGCUGAGGCUGAGGCAAGUUCUGUUGCUGGUAACAAGUCAGCUGAACAAAGCAAUAAAUCUGCAGAGCCACCAAAAGAUUAUAUUCAUGUGAGAGCAAGAAGGGGCCAAGCUACUGAUAGCCAUAGUCUAGCAGAGAGAGCUAGGAGAGAAAAAAUUAGUGAGAGGAUGAAGAUUCUUCAGGAUUUGGUCCCUGGAUGUAACAAGGUUAUUGGUAAAGCACUUGUGCUUGAUGAGAUAAUUAAUUACAUCCAGUCACUUCAGCAGCAAGUUGAGUUCCUAUCAAUGAAGUUAGAAGCUGUCAAUUCAAGAGUGAGCUUAAAUCCUACCAUUGAGGGAUUUCAUACAAAAGAUCUUGGUGCACCACCAUUUGAUGCUACUGGGAUGAUAUUUGGCUCACAAGCACCUAGGGAAUAUGCUCAUGGAUCACAAUACGAAUGGUUGCAUAUGCAGGUUGGUGGUGGGGGCUUCAAUAGAGCAAUAUAAUGUUAGAUAAUCCUCAUUGGCAUUGUUGCAUUAAGCAGCAAGCUGAGUUCUGAUUUUUCAUCUUACUCAAGGGGGAAAUUUGCUAUUAGUUUCCAGAUUUUAGUGCAGAACAUGCUUCCUGCAUGUAAGACCAUUAAUUGAAUUUGUAUGAUCAUAUCAUUUGUAGAAAUGUUUCUAAUCUUUCUAUGUAUCAUCUGACUGGAUACUCUUGUACUCUAUUAAUUAGUUCUUAAAACAAAUUUAUCUAGAGUGAAUUCAGUUCUUGAAACAGCA